AUGCCCUUAACUCAUGUGGAUGAGAAGCUUUGUUAUCAGAUUCUACACGAGUACAAAAUUCACAAUGCAGAGAUCCUUUUCCGUGAGGAUGCGACAGUGGAUGAUUUCAUAGAUGUCAUUGAAGGAAACCGUAAAUACAUGAAGUGUGUAUAUGUCUACAACAAGAUAGAUGUUGAUGGUAUUGAUGAUGUAGACAGAUUAUCCCGUCAACCUAAUUCUGUUGUCAUUAGCUGUAAUUUAAAGCUGAAUUUAGACAGACUACUUUCAAGGAUGUGGGAUGAAAUGGGUUUGGUUAGAGUUUAUACAAAACCGCAAGGCCAGCAGCCUGAUUUCAGUGAUCCAAUGGUUCUUUCAGCUGAUAAAGGUGGCUGCAGUGUGGAGGAUUUCUGCAACCACAUACAUGGAAGUUUGGUGAAGGAUGUGAAGUAUGUUCUGGUGUGGGGUAUAAGUGCUAGGCAUUAUCCACAACAUUGCGGCCUUAGUCACGUUCUUCGUGAUGAAGAUGUUGUUCAGAUUGUUAAGAAAAAGGAAACAGAUGAGGGAGGAAGGGGUCGUUUCAAGUCGCAUUCCGACGCACUUGCUCGGAUAUCAGACAGACAAAAGAAGGCUCCACUUAAACAAUAA